GCAGAGACCCUGUGGCUGCCAUGGCCGCCUCCCCCUCCCCGCAGCCUCCCUUAAAUACUAUGGGGCCAUAGCUGCGAGGGGCGCCGCCGCUGAGCGCACCAUGCGGGCUGUCAUCGCCUUGGCCGCGGCGCUGGGCAGCCUGCUGCUGGGCGGCUGCCUCCUGCGCCUGGGCGGCCAGCAGCCCCUCCGCGCCAGGGGCUGGGAGGAGGACGCAGGAGUAGCGGCUGUCACGCCGAAAGUGGUGCGAGCCCUCAGGUCUCCCCUGACGCCCCUUCCUCGGACCGAGAACAGGUACGGGCUGGACGCCCGCAGGACAACUCAUAAUAAAAAUGGAAUUUACCAGUUUGAGCAGGCUUCAAAAUGUAAAGCAAUUCAGGACAACAUUUUGUCAUCAUCUAUCAAGAAGAAAAGAUCCUCAGAAGAUUAUUAUCUUCAUAUAGUCACAAAACUGCAGAACUGCACCUGGGUAAGGAAACCAGAAGAAUCUACAAAAUUCAGGUCAGAAUUAGCCUCUUGCUGUGAUGCAGUUCACAAUUUUAUUGCUUCUCAAAACAACAGCCCACUGGGGAGUAACAUGAGUUAUGAAGUGGACAGUAAAAAGACUAUUCUUAUUACAGAGGACAUUUUUAAGAUGUUGCCUGUGACCUCUCCUCUUCCAGUCUAUCCCUUCAAGAACUGUGCUGUGGUUGGAAAUGGAGGCAUUCUGAAAAAUUCCAGCUGUGGAGCUGAAAUUGAUAGUUCUGACUUUGUGUUCAGGUGUAACCUACCUCCAACCACAGGAAACAUUAGUAAAGAUGUUGGCAGUAAAACAAACCUUGUGACUGUUAAUCCGAGUAUCAUAGCUCAGAAAUACAACAAGCUAAAUGAAAAGAAGACAGAAUUUCUGGAAAACAUUGCAGUCUAUGGAGAUGCUUUUCUUUUACUGCCAGCAUUUUCCUUCAGAAGCAACACGGCCACUUCUUUUAAAGUAUACCACACUCUGAAAGAGUCCAAAGCAACCCAAAGGGCAAUAUUUUUUCACCCCACUUAUCUGAAAAGUCUUGCCCAGUUCUGGAGAACUAAGGGUGUGAAGGCCUACCGGUUGUCAUCUGGUUUUAUGAUCACUAGUGCUGCUCUUGAGCUGUGUGAGAAUGUGAAGCUCUACGGCUUCUGGCCUUUCUCAAAAUCCACAGAGAAGAUGCCCAUCAGCCACCACUAUUAUGACAACCAGCUGCCUAAACCAGGUUUCCACGCAAUGCCCAAAGAAUACAGCCAGAUCCUCCAGCUUCACGGCAAAGGCAUUUUGAAGUUGCAGUUCGGUAAAUGUGAAUCAGACUAAAAAGGGUGAUGAUCCUCCUAAGAAGACAAUUUAUCUCAGCAGUUUUGUGGUGGAUUUGAUCUGAUGUGAUUUUAUGAGCAUUAAACUGCAUAUAAUACAGUUCUACAAUAAUGCUACAAUAGAGAAGUAUUUUACACUUGGGGAGAAAAGGGAGUGAUUUUUUUUUUUCACACAGUGACUGCUACAUUUAAAAGUUUUGAGUGAUCAUUUUUUAAAAUACAAAGUAACAAUUAUUUGAAAAACUCUGAAACUCCUUACUGCUGGUUUAAUGGUAGAAAAGCACAAUCUCAGGAUGGUGGCAAUAUGUGACAUUCAUCAUAUUUUGCUUCUAGAGGAUCAUAAAAAUAUUUUGACAUAAGAUCUCUGGUUUUGUUGAUGCCACAUAGUAUAGGCAGUAGUCACUGUGUGGUGGCUGCAUGAGUUGGCAGUGAACGUUUUCAGUUAAGAACUUCAUCCCGUAAAUACUGGCAUUUUUCUACAUGAGAGGAGUGAUGAGAAGACCUGCAGAGGAGUAAUUAAUUCAGAGCCAUGUCAUUCUUAGUUUGUCCCAGGGUGCACAGAUGAGAAAAUCCCUCAGGUCAGAGGUAGUUAAGUGGUUUAUGGGCUUUCAUUCUGUGGGCAGUAAGUAGUGCUGUGGAUUUAAUGGGCUUUCAUUUUGUAAGCAAUAGAUGAUGUGCUGUGGAUUUAAUGGGAUCACUUAUAUGAGUGAUGUUAAUUCUGAGAACAAGUGUAUGAAGGACCAGAGAUUUAUAAUUAUUUAUAAACCACUCUACUUGCUUGUAUUCCUGUCUAAGGUCCAAGUUCAGCUCCAAAUGAGGACUGUGAACCUAGUUCCACACAACAAUCCCCAGGGUCAUGGUAAGGCAUGACUUUGCACACAUUCUUACUAUUACAGUUCUGUGUCUUGGCUCAUACAUGGGAUGGAAUUUUCAUUAGAAAGAUGAUGGAUACCAAGCCUGUAAUGCAAUUUCUUUUCAUGUAGUAUAGCUUGUAUUCAUAUGAGACUACAGGUAGUGAAACUGCACUAAGCAUUAUUAGAAGAAUGUUCCUCUUACCAUCAACCCCAAGCUCUUCUACACCAGGAUGUAUGAGAAAACUGACUAUAUAGCUCUAAUUUACGACCUGUGUAAUUCUUUAAGUUUUCUAUAUGGUCCAAGAAUACAUGUGGAGCAACAUCCUGCAGCAAGAGAAAGUGAAAUAUCAGCCCAGUGGAAAGAAUAAUUUUAACAUUUACAGGAGCUUUGACAAGCAGAUGUAUCCUAGCUAUUUCUGCUUAUAUGCUUCUAUAUGCUUACUAGAGAAAAAAACCCCAACAAAACAAGCAAAAAAAAUUUAAGAUUUAUAAUAACCAGAUUCUGAUAAGAGUUUCACUGACUCUUGUGAAAUUCCUUUGAAUGGUCAGUUCAAAGAUAGAGUGUCCUUCUUUUACACUUAGAUAAUUUCAGGUAUUUUGUUUAAUAAAAUUCCUUUUGCUGCUCCAGCAUUAAAUCCCAAAUCAACUGAUUUGAAGAGCAUUCAGUGUUCCACUCUUUGAGGAUUAUAUCUGCAAAAAAAAAAAAAAAUCCCACUUAAAUGAAUUGGACCUUA